AUGUCAUUUGAAAUGAGAGAAGGAGAAGUGCAUUCCCUGUCGUUUUUAUACGAAGAAGGACAAAGCGACUCAUCAGACCCAAAUUUACAGCCUAUUUCGUUUCUCACAAAAGCCUUAAAUUUUGAGCAAUCAGAUAUAUCAUUAGAUAUAUUCCCUAAUUCACUUUCUAAAAGGCACUCAUAUAUAUCGUCACUGCAGGCUUCUAAAAUCUCUUCUGAUCUCCAUGAAUCUUGAAAAUAUUCCAAAGAAGUCUCAGAAAUCUUUCCAGGACACCAUAUGCACGCCCCAAGUGUCUUAGUAAAAAGCGGGGCUCAAAACUAUAAUGGGAUUCUUAAUGAGCUUAAUUUGGAAAGAGACAGUAUGACUCCUGAUAGCCAAGAUUUCGAAGAAGGCUCAAUUGAUUAUAGUCUGACAGACGAAGAAGACGAAGCCAAUAAAGAAACCAUUUUAAACUACCCCACUUCUAAGGUCCAAGCUGAAUUUUCGACUCCGACAGCCAAAAAUUCUUUAAUUAUUCCUACAAAAGAAGAAAUUAAAGGUGUCAGGGCGUCCACAAUUUAUACAAAUUUAAGCUCAGACUCCAGCGCAAUGAUAACGUCGUAUUUAUCAAAUAAUAGCUCAAAAUUGACUGCAAGAAAAAAUGCUAACUCCCCCCCCCCCUCCGUGAGCGAACAAAACCAUUAGAAAAAUCACCAUUUUUUUUGACCAAAAACCACACCCUCCGUGAGCGAACAAAAAUUUUUUUAAUAGAAAAAAAUUUUAAUGGAAAAAAAAUUUUUGAUAUAUAAGUGAUAAUUAGUAUAAUGAAAUCUAGAGCUAAUUCUGUUUAAUUUUAAACAAAAUUGCGUUUUUAAAACAUAAAUUUUGCAAAUUAAAUUAAUAUUUGCUUCCCAAAUUUUUGCAAAUUAGGAUUUUUUUAAAUUUCGAAAAAAAUAUUUUUUUAUAAAAAUUUAUAUAUAAAUUUUUUUUAAAAAAAAAAAAUUAACCCCCCUCCGUGAGUGAACAAAAUUUUUUUGUUCGCUCACGGAGGGGGGGGGGGGGAGUAAGAAUAAGCCUGAGCCUGAAGAAGAGUUUGAGGUAGUUGAAAUUAAGCCAAAAAGGCUGCAAACUGAUAGGAGUAUUCAUGCCAGUGUGAGGAAAUCGACCUUGGCGUUCCCUAAUCUAUUGUAUUGCCCUACUUGUAAUGAAGAUACUUAUUCAAUUAUAAAUUUCCAGGUGCAGAAUUUGGGAUUUAUUGAUUCAGUUAGGUUCUUUUUCAAUGCAAUUAGGUGUUGCAGAGAGGCGAAUUCGUUGAGCAAGUAUCAGGAGGUCGUGCAUACGUGUAGAAAAUGCAAAAAUGUCCUGGCUCGAGUUAGGUUUGCAUAG